GAUAGUUUUCUCUCUCUCUCUCUCCGUUCGUCGCGUGCCGGGGGAAAAAGCCCAAAAGCUCUCUCCGCCGCGCUAACUUGCGCCGGGGGCUCCUCCGGCGAUCGUCGAUCCGCCGCCGCCGCGAUCUUCGAUCUCCCGGGCUCCGGAUUGAGGAGCCGCCGCCGCCGAGUUUUGGCUCGGAGGUUCCUCCUCCGGAGCUUCCGACCUCGUUUCGCGACGCGCGCUCGCGAACCGCUGUUGAGCUGUUCGGAGCUGCUUUUGCCCGGCGUUGCGGUGGAUUCUCUCUUUUUUCUUGUUUGCUUUUUGGUUGCUGGUGUGCGUGAACUGACGGUAGGUGUUGGAUGUUAGCGUGUUUGACGAGGGAUUUCCAGUGAAUAGACUGGUGGGAGAUGAUGUCAUGCGAACGAGAGUAUCAGGAACUGGAACCCUAAGUUUGGCUUUGGUUGGGGCUGUGAAGAGGAGAGUUUCCAUGGAAGUUCUUUAGCAUCGCCCGAGGUUUUCGCCGCCUUUCUUUUUUUGUCGUCUGAAAAGAUAGUGAAACGAGAAAGCGGUUUUUUGGGGUUAGCGCGCGAGAGAGCCUCUUUGUUGAAGCUAUGGAUUGUUUGGAAUUGAAUUUGAACAAAGAGAUUGGCGAUGGCGGCUGCGGCGGCGGCGCUGGGGGAAGUGUUGGGAAUAAUAAUGCUAAUAAGAGUGGUGGGGAAGGAUUCAUCGAUAGGAGCAAAGUGAGGAUCUUGCUGUGCGAUAACGACACGAAGAGUUCGGAAGAGGUUCUUACGCUUCUUUUGAAAUGCGCUUAUCAGGUGACUUCUGUAAGAUCCGCUAGACAGGUCAUUGAUGCUUUAAAUGCUGAAGGGCCUGAUAUAGACAUUAUUCUAGCUGAAGUUGACAUGCCCAUGAACAAAGGCAUGAAGAUGUUAAAAUAUAUUACGAGAGAUAAAGAAUUGAGGCGGAUUCCCGUCAUCAUGAUGUCAGCACAGGAUGAGGUCUCAAUUGUUGUCAAAUGCUUGAGAUUGGGAGCAGCGGACUAUCUUGUGAAGCCAUUGCGCACCAAUGAGUUGUUAAACUUGUGGACACACAUGUGGAGAAGGCGACGCAUGCUCGGACUGGUUGAGAAGAACAUUUUGAGCUACGACUUUGAUCUGAUUGGUUCCGACCCUAGUGAUGCUAACACGAAUAGUACUACUUUGCUUUCUGAUGAUACUGAUGAUAAGUCCCGGAAGAGUGCCAAUCCCGAGAUUGGGCUGUCUGCAACUCAUGAAGACGAGUCUGCCGCUGUUGCUGAGCCCCCACUUAAUGGUGCAGUAAAUUGUCUCCCUGAUGUGCCAGGAAUCAGUGAUCGUCGAACUGGACAAUGUUCCUCUGGUCCUAAGAAGAGUGAACUAAAAAUUGGAGAGUCCUCAGCCUUCUUUACAUACGUUAAAUCGACAAUUGUCAAGAAUACUCCUUCCACAGCUGGACAAGUUGAUGGUUGUGCUUCUGUAGCUUAUCGGAUGGAAGAGAAGGAUCAAGCAGGGGAUGUGCAGGCGGUUUAUGAUCCUCAAGCACAUGAAAAUGGAGAGGCCUGGGAGAAAUCUUCCCUAGGAGAUGACUUUCCAAGUGGGAGUAGUGUUCCAGAUUCUCUGUCUUUGGAACGGUCCUGUACACCGCCAGGGUCAGCUGACUUUCCUCAACAAAGGAACUUCAUGGAAGAACGGGUGCCUCAGAUGCCUAUGCAUGCGAUGAAUGAGCCUCAUGUUGACCUUCCAGGAUUGGCUGCGCAGAGCACAUAUCCAUACUAUGUGCCCGGAGUUGUUAAUCCAGUUACGGUGCAUUCAUCAGUACAAGUGUACCAGAAUAAUCUGCAUGACUUGCAAAACCAUGCUACUUCAGCCAUGUUAACCCGGUACAGUCAUCUUCCUCACUGUCCCCCCCAUGUAAAUGGGAUGGCGUCGUUUCCCUAUUACCCAGUUGGCUUAUGCUUACAACAAGGUCAGAUGUCUUCACCUCAUUCCUGGCCAUCCUUUGGAAGUUCAUCUAUUUCUGAAGCAAACACGAAUAAAGUAGAUAGGCGAGAGGCAGCCCUAAUCAAGUUUAGGCAGAAAAGGAAAGAGCGGUGCUUUGACAAGAAGAUUAGGUAUGUUAACAGGAAACGACUUGCUGAAAGGAGGCCCCGAGUGCGGGGCCAAUUUGUGAGGAAAGUAAAUGGUGUAAAUGUGGAUCUAAAUGGCCAACCUGAGUCUGCUGAUUAUGAUGAGGAUGAAGCAGAGGAUGAGGAUCUCGCUUCGAGGGGUUCUACUCCGGAUGGUGAAGUUUCUUGACAUAAAGGUGAUUUUUAUCUGCAGAACCCAUAAGGAUACAAAAGCUGAGUUGUUUGCUUCUCUUCUCGAUUAGGCCAAGAUCAUACGUAGCAUCAGCUCGGUGUUUUUCGGUGCCAACAUCAGAUUUCGGCACGCGAAAGGUGAUGCAGAUUGCACAAAAGCAGCUUACUGCUGUUCCUCUUCCAAUCCAGGCGUGAACUAUGCACCGUGGCAGCUUCGUCAUUGGCCAAACUAUUCAUCAAACAAAUGGUGCCGCAUCAUAUUGGUUUCCCAUUUGAUCUUUUCGUAGUUUGUUGGAACAGAUACGUUAAAGUUUGGUUCACUGCUUGCGCGCAGUAAUGUUGUUCACAUAAAGAGUGUCGCAUCAGUGGAGCCAAUUUGGGAACAAUGUCCGCCUGGUUGUUGCCUGUGGGAUGUCGUAAUUUGCCGCAAAUUGACCUAUGAAGAGCCCAUCAGAAGUGUUUUACCUUUCCUUGAUCCAUCAAAUUGUAUUCACAUAAGUAUAUUUCCAUGAGUGAAUUUUCCUU